GUUUCUGGAAAGUAAUAGCUUGUUCUGUGUCAGCAAAGUGCUUCCAGAAACUUUAGGAUUGCUUCAUGCCACAAAAUGCAUGGCCUGGGAGCAUUAAGUGUGAUGUUCAGCCCCGUGUUGGGGCAGAUCAGCGAGGUGAGGAGGAACAGGUGUGUGUACAGGUGUGUGUGCUGAUGUGAGGGGCUGGUGUGAGGCAAGGGCUGGUGGCAGCAGUCUGUAAGGGGCACGGGCACCGAGGGGUUUAUUUUAGUUAGGGCAGAGCGGAGUCUCCUGGAGUAGGUGAGAAAAGAGCAAUUGUUAAUAGUGCCAACUCCUGCAGGUCUGUUUUGGCUGUGAGAGCUGAUAAUUCAUAAAGCGUUACAAUCCCUGCUUCAAAGAGACAAGUGGAAACUCGGGGUGGGGAAACUAAAAUCAGGUAAAAAGAGUGAGUGAACAGUGGGAACAGUGAGGGUUUUGGUCAGACCAAGAAGGUCCCAGCACAGCCUGCCCAAGGGUCAGCUGGAUUUCUCCGAUAAUUUACAGGGAGGGUUCGGUGAUUUGCAAGCGAACGCAUGCACUACGCUUGUGUGUUUCUCUAGGCAAUGGUUGCAACAGCAGCAAAAUGGGUAUAACUACUCAGGGCUUUAAGUAAGUUUAAUCGUUUAAUGGUUGAUACUGACAGGUGUCUUUGAGGGUGUACUUUUCUGCCUUGCAGCACUGCACUUUGACUAUGGAAGCAGAGGCUGCUGAUGGAUAUAUAACAUCAGGUGACAAUGAGCUUUCACCCGAAAGGGAGCACUCCAGCAUGGCUAUUGACCUCACCUCAAGUACACCCAAUGGGCAGCAUACCUCACCAAGUCACGUGGCAAGCACAAAUUCUGUGAAGGUAGAAAUGCAAAGUGAUGAGGAAUCUGACAGGAAGACCUUCUGUCAGGAAGAUGAGGUCAGGGUUCUCGAUGAAGGAAGCAGCCUGGAAGAGCCCCUCACUGAGAAUAACGAGAUGACGGAUAACAGAAAGAUUCAGGAGCUAUCGAGCGAGGGAGGAAUCCGGCUUCCGAAUGGUGAACGCCCCUUCCACUGCAAUCAAUGUGGAGCUUCUUUUACCCAGAAGGGGAACCUGCUGAGGCACAUCAAGUUGCACUCUGGGGAGAAACCGUUCAAAUGUCCCUUCUGCAGCUACGCCUGCCGACGGAGGGACGCCCUCACAGGACACCUCAGGACCCACUCCGUUCCAGGUAUAGAGAUGGCACUGCAGGAGGAGAUUCCUGUCCAGAGCAGACCACUGAACUACAGCAGUGAGCUCCUGUAUAUGUCGCAGGACCUCUUACCCUCUACAAUGGGGAAGCCUCACAAGUGCAACUACUGUGGCCGGAGCUACAAGCAGCGCAGUUCGCUGGAAGAGCACAAGGAACGUUGCCACAACUACAUGCAGAAUGUUGGCAUGGAGGCCGCCGGGCAGGUCCUGAGUCACCACGUACCUCCUAUGGAAGAUUGUAAGGAACAAGAGCCUGUGAUGGACAACAAUAUUCCUAUGGUGCCUUUUGAGAGACCUGCUGUUAUAGAGAAGCUGACAAGCAACUUGGGAAAGCGUAAAAGCUCCACCCCACAGAAGUUUGUGGGUGAAAAGCUCAUGAGACUUGGCUAUCCAGAUAUUCACUUUGAUAUGAACCUAUCCUAUGAGAAGGAGUCUGAGCUGAUACAGUCUCAAAUGAUGGACCAAGCCAUCCACAAUGCAAUCGCCUACCUUGGAGCUGACUCACUUCACCCCCUGAUGCAGCACACACCAAGCACAAUUGCAGAGGUGGCUCCAGUCAGCAGCUCACCUUAUGCUCAGGUCUAUCAUCCUAACAGGAUAGAAAGGCCCAUUAGCAGGGAAACAGCUGACAGUCACGAGAAUAACAUGGAUGGCCCGAUCUCCCUCAUCAGACCAAAGAGUCGAACCCAAGAUAGAGAGGGCUCCCCUAGCAAUAGCUGCCUGGAUUCUACUGACUCAGAGAGCAGCCACGAAGACCGCCAGUCCUACCAAGGAAACUCUGCCUUAAACCCCAAGAGGAAGCCAAGCCCGGCUUAUAUGAAGGAGGAUGCCAAGGCUUUGGAUGCCACAAAAGCUUCUAAGGGCUCUUUAAAGGAUAUCUACAAGGUCAUCAAUGGAGAAGGGGAGCAGAUCAGGGCUUUCAAGUGUGAGCACUGUCGCGUUCUUUUCCUGGACCACGUCAUGUACACCAUCCACAUGGGCUGCCACGGCUACCGGGACCCGCUGGAGUGCAACAUCUGUGGCUACCGAAGCCAGGACCGCUAUGAGUUCUCAUCGCACAUUGUUCGAGGGGAGCACACAUUCCACUAGGCCUUCUCAUCCAAAGGGGACUCUUAUGAAGUAGAAGAACUGCACAUGAAGAAAUACUGCACUUACAGUCCCACUUUUCCUCAGACAUUGAUACGCCUGUUUUGUUGUUGUUGUUGCUGUUGUUGUUGUUGCUGUUGUUUAAUUAAUAUUAUUGUUAACCUUAUUUUUUUUGUGGACUCAAUUUCAUUUGCUUUGCCCGGCUUAAGAAUGGAAAGAAGGAAGGGGAAGGGUAAAAGGGGGGGGUUGUUGUUGCUGUCACUUGUUGGGGAGUGACCUGAUGUGUUUUUUGUGGGAGCUGAAAGGCAGUCUGUUUCUGUCUCAGCUGUAUAUCAUGUCCUAUUUUGGGAUGUUGCUCAACCCUGCUAGGUGCUUUAAAGUCUUGACGAGUUGCCACUCAUUCGUAAUUUCAGACAAACAGAAACAUUUCAGAGGAGAGCCUUUUUUUCUAUGUGCAGAUAUGGCGUGGGGUUUCGGUGGCUGGAAUUCCUUAUUUUGCAGAAUGAACAAUUAUUUUUAAAGCAAAACUGCUUAGGAACUUAGGAGCAUCAAUCAAAAUCAUCAUUCCUUUCAAAAUUACUUUCUAGGGUGAGCUUUUUUCCUGGACGCAGUGUGUAUUGCCUCUCUAGAAUGUAAAGGAAAAAAAAAAGGGAAAAAAAAAAAAGAAGAAAAAAAGAAAAGAAACGUAAGUCUUAACACUGUACUACAUAACAGCAGUUUAGUUUCAUAAGUCUGAGGGCCUUCUGUGGUUAAGUCUGAGGCUCUGCAUUUUUAUUUUCCUUAACUUAUGAAGCACCUUUUUUAGAACUGUUGAUUUGCUGUUACUCCAUGCCUAUGUGUUGACUCACUGGCUUCUUAGAGACCCUUGGGAGCCUUAAUUAUUUAGAUACACCCUAUGGUUUAAAAAAAUCUAAUUUACAAAUAAUGUUUAAACUUGCUUCUGGGACCAUAAGUGGCCUAGGAGUGGGUGAGAGUCUGUAGUUUACUCAAGAGGUUCUGCUGCUCUUCUAAAAUAGUUUUAUUUUAAAAUGACAGAGUUGAAAAUAACAAAAGUACUACUAGCAAAGUGUUCAUUUAAUAUAAUUCUGUAUCUAUAUACACUUAUAUAAAUACUUUCUCAUUCUAUUAUCACAGUGUUAACCUCUAGGCAACAGCCUAAACUAAUACUGGCAGCUGAGAAAGAACGAGGGGCAAGAUCAUCGGCCAGCAUUAAUCCUCUUAGCUCCACUGAAUUUAAUGGAGCUCCCCCAACUACUUUAGGCACAUCAGAAUCUGAGUCUUGAUCAUUUUUUCUGUACUUGACAUCUUAUUUGCUGAACCAGUGACUUCCUUUUGUUUUCAUGUCAUCAACUGUCCUUUAAUAUAGGAGUGAAAGCACAGGUUUUGCUGAAUGGCCUUUGCUCUUGGGGAGCACACCAGCUCUGCAAACACACAAUCGCAUAUGACCUUCCCUGCAUCUUCAGCAAUUGAUGCAUGGAGGUUCUGUGCUUUGAUUUCAAUUCAAAUUUCAUUUCUAUUCAUAAUUUAUUUAUGUGUUCCUUCCUUUGUUUCUCUCCCCAAAAGUAACAAAGCCAGCAACCACCCAAGUUGCAGGUUGCAUCAGCUAAAAACUGGGCUUAAACCUAUGCGACAGAUUGCCAUUGAAACCCAACUGUUUGUACCAAUCACAAUUGAAAUGUUGUUGUUGUGCAACAAGAGCACAGCUUGAGAAUGGAAAGAAUUGCAUGAGUUUAACCCCCUCCAUGCAAGUGGUCUCCAUGCGCUCAGUGAGACCUGCUCCAAAAUAUAAAGUAACUAAAGUAUAAGAGAGGGAGCAAGAUCAGGCCAUAAUGAGUUCCCAUCUGCUCACUUCAAUCUGCGUACACCAUACACGUGCCAGUUUACUCUUUGUUUGGAGGGUACUGUUUGGUUGGUUUUUUUUUCUUUGUCUUCCUAGACCUGGAGUAUUUGAAAGUAGGAGCUGAGUGGUAUCGAUUGAAAUCUUUUUAUGGUGACAUUCUUGGCAGCCAGAACCUGCGUUUAGAAAGGAUACAGUAGAUCAUGGCCAGAUUACCUGAUGACUGCUUCCCAGCACUGAAAUGCUAUUAAGUAGGAGCUGGUAAAGUCUUGCAGUAGCCUAUUAAUUAUAAUACAAUAUGGAGAGAAAUGUCAUCUGGUGUAAUGUGAGAGCUCUCAAGGCUGGGAAUAUACGGGCUUUGGAGAGACAGAUUUAAAGACCUAUUCCCAACAUUGUUCUAAACGUUGUUGGGUUCCUCCUCCUCCUUCUUUCCUUAUUCUAACAUAGAGAAAGUUGCUGCUGUCCUCCAGGCUGUUCUCAUUCCCUUAUGCUUGGUGCAAUCAAAUGAGUUGGUGCAGGAGAAAAAGGAGAUGCUGUAGGGCAUGGCUUCCUUCCUGUAUGGCUGGUUCACUGGAGCAAUGGAAAAUGGCUUAGGAGCUGUGCUCUGCAUCAUCAGGUGUUUGGAAAUCCAGAAGAAGGGAGUUACUUUUACCGCACGUCACAAGGGGUUGGGGGGAGGCAGUUGUUAUUUCUGCUUGGGCAGCAAAGGGUGUUUAGGAACGUUGUGCAAAGGGAAGGAUGCUGAAAGUCACUGGGCUUGCCUGGGGCUCUGAAAAGACUCAUCUGUACGAAAAGAAGGGUGGCUGAGGAUCAUUUUCUGUCUGUGGGAGAUUUAACAGUCCUUUCUCCCCUCCGGUCAGUGGGAAGAAUGUGGGCUUUGGAUUUUUUCAGAGAGUUAGCACUAGGGAACAAGUGUUAAAAAAAACUGUGCUUGUGCUUGGGAAAGCACUGGGAUUGGGGAAAGGCAGACCAUCGUUUGUGUAUCCACAAAUAAUUUGUUCACAAUUAUAUUCACAGCUUGUUAGAGUGCUCUUUCAUUUGCUGAUGGUUCAUCAAUACCUUCUGCAGUGUAUAUCCUAUAGGUGCUUCAGUCAUCAGAGAGGGAGACGCAGCUGUGUUGUAGCUGGCUUCAGUCAAGCCGAACUCCUGAUUCCAGUGGCAGCAUGCAGGAAUUGUAUGGGAGAAGUACUGUGUGUCGAUGCUACAGGAGCAGAGAACGAGGAAGGGGACACACUGUUAAAACUGCUUUCCAAAACCUUCAUUCUUUGGAGAGCAAGAAGAUGAGUGAUUGCAUUAGUUUCUAUUAUCAGUGUCCUUUUCUGAAGGCUCAGUGAAGUUUUUCAUCCUAGAAUUAGGGAAAGAAAAGAGAUUAAGUUCCAAUUUGAGUUUUGAACAAAGUUUUGGACUACUGUUUGUUUUAGUGUUCAGUUCCCACUUGGCAUUUCUGUUGAGAGAAGGGAGCAAUCCUUGGUUCCUCAAAAGCAGAUGCCUAGUUGGCCUAGGAAAAACUAAUGGAGAGUUUUUAUGUAAGUCAUUUUGCCCCUUUGUGGAAGCAUGCAAGCUUUUCGAAGAAAAGCUGUUGAGUUUUGUCAAAUUCAUUAGUCAUUCAGAGCAUACUAGGAAUUUCAGCAGAUAAUCCUUGGCCUGCAAAUCCAAUUGUUCUAAGUAUUCGGUGUUUGAAAUCGAACCUGGCUGACUUUUAUUGGACUUUCUUGAAAUUCUUGGAAUCGGGUUUCCAGUUAAGAACGUGCAUUUGCAAAUUCAGAAUUGGCUUCCUGAACAUUCCUCAUUUUCAUUAUAUUAAAAGAAAGGAAAAAAAAAAGCCAUUUCUGCAAACAUCCCUGCCAAUAAAGCCUUUCGCUUCUUUUUACAUCCAAAAUGGCAAGAUUCUGCCUCAAUUUAGAGUAGCACAAGCCUAUUAAUUCUCAUAGAAGCCUGGCUGCUUAUUGUGCUCUUGAUGUGAUCCAUAUUCCUGGAGCAAAGGGCAUUAUCUAUAUAUCUGCUGUUACAGUCAAUGGAUUUUACAGCCACCCUUCAUUGCAGUCAGUUAGGAGUGCACAUCAAAAUAUAUAGCAUUUUUCAGCAAAGCCAGCUCUUUACUCAGUAACUUAUGAGAUUAAAAUAAUUUUAUUCUCCUUAAAAAGUGCUUCCAUCUAUGAAUUGAUGAGAAAGGUGUCCGGGCUUCAACAACUAUUGAUCCACAGAGAAAGAAUCUGAAUUUGUAAACUGGCCUUUUUUUGUUUUUGUUUUUCUUAAAUUGUAGUAGUAAUUUCUGCAAUCUGAGAGGACAGCUCACAAGUUGCCAUGUGGAAGUAGUGUAUAUUUACUUAUAGGUGAAGAAAUUCUCUAUUUUUCAAGAAUUCCCACAUUUCUGUUUACAAAGGUACUCCUAAACUGGGGCUGUCAGGAGGAAGAGGAAGACCAUGAACCCAACCAAACCCUUGAAAACUGGCCUUCAGUAGGGUAUUAUUACUCUUGUCUAGGUCCUGAACUGUUGUGUUUUUUUAUUUUCUUAUUUGAGAUCACGUUGUGAAAGAUGACAGAGAACAGUCCUUCCUCCAGAGAAAAGCUUUGGAGACAAUGUAGGGAAAGGUGCUUACUUCAGCCAAGGACAGGAGCAGUGCUAAUGCAGUUCCUUCAAGAGGUAAUAUUCCUUUUACUUAACUCUGGCUGUGCAUUAUAAUGUAAUAAGGAGGGAUAAGGGAGGCUGCACUGUUACCUGAAUCAACUAAACUCAAGGAGGGGAUUUUAGGAAGAGUGUGAUGAAAUUGACUUUGAUGCUAGAAAUGUGCAUCUUUGCUUGGCUUAGUAUCCUUUAAAAACAAAAAUAGAUGGCAACAAUGACUUGCGGUCUAGAGCAGUUGGAGAUGUUGAGAAAGUAUAUUUAUAUAUAUGGUAUUAUAUAAUUAGAUAUAUGCUUUAUUGUAAACGUGCCUUUUUAAAACGCAUUUUGAAAGUUGACCAUGUCAUUCAUGGUAUCUUGCCCUGCCCUUUCAGAAUGCACAACAAGAGCCAACCCAAAGUAAAAACCCCUUCUCGUACCAUGGGCAAGGCAGAUCCCAGGCUGCUGGGUCGGGAGGGAGCUGUGCUAGUGUUUAGCUGUGAGGUGUGCAGGAGGAGGCUGCAGGAGUGGGAAGAGCUGCAGUCAUCCUGGCCAGAUGCAUCCAGCAUCCAGCUGGAGCAGGUCUAUAGGGCUGAUCCCAACCGACUGAGCGUUGGAAGAUGAGACCAUGAUGCCAGUGCCACCCCAGUUGUUGGAACAGAGCAAGGAGAAACCCAUCUGGGUGAUGUUAUGGGAGGGAGAGGUGUGUGUUGGAGACCAGCAGGAGCUUGCUCCCUUGUGUAUGGGUUUAUGAGCUGGCAUACUUGGAUGAGAAGUGCAGAAUUGUUUUGGUGCUUUCCUGGCGGGCUGGUGUCCUCAUUUCAGACCUGAUGAUUUUACCUGCAGCAUCAGCGAGUGCUGGCACAGGUUGAGUCUAGUGCCAGCUCCUUGGCACAUGUCUGCUGGGGCUGACCAUCCUGUUGGGAGGAUGGAUAAGGAAUUAGGGAAAGAAGAGGCAGAAUUUGCUCUGUAGCGACAGUAUUCUCUUUUAUCCCUUUAAGAAAAGGGCUGAAGGAUCGGCCAGGGAGAGCAUUGGCAAUUUCCUGUUCUAGGCUCAUGCAGCAAUCCCAGUUACUUCAGUUCACAUCCAGCCCUCAGAAUGGUGUUUACUGCCCUGCUCACAUGGAUCCCUGUUUGGGAGUACAGCUGCCUAUGCUCUCCUGCUGCGAAUCCCUUUCCUUUACAUCAUGAGACAUACUGUUGGUCAGCAGUGACCAUCCUAAUAUUAUUUGCAGUUAAAAAAAAAAAAAAAGC